CACCUGGGAGGUCUAGUGUGUGUGUGUGUGUGUGUGUGUGUGUGUGUGUGUGUGUGUGUGUGUGUGUGUGUGUGUAUGUGUGUGUGUGUGUGUGUGUGUGUGUGUGUGUGUGUGUGUGUGUGUGUGUGUGUGUGUGUGUGUGUGUGUGUGUGUGUGUGUGUGUGUGUGUGUGUGUGUGUGUGUGUGUGUGUGUGUGUGUGUGUGGACGGAGAAGGGGUGGGGGGGCUUGUCUCCGUCUCCGUUAACAACCGAGCGCGGGCGCCCCUGUCGCGACUUCAGCUGCCACCGGCCAGUUGAAGGAGCGCCGCGUGCUACCGAGAGUCUUUGACUGGCGCGAAGAACGGAAGGUUCGCCCUCACGUGCUGCUCAGCCGGAAUGGGAUAUCAUCUAGCCGAUAACAAAAGAGGAAAUUAAGAUAGCACACCGUCACAAACGGACCGACUUUUGAACAGAAAUGCAAUUCCUCCGAUAUUCCUAACGUGGAGAUAUAGGAAAUAGGUUAGACUAUGCGCCCGCCGCCCGGGUUCACUCCUCUUGGCAAAAUGAAACGUUUUUUUCGGAAACUGGCCGUGGCUGUGGUGGUGCUGGUGUGGUUGGGAGCGCUGGCUUAUCUGUUGGUGUUGAGCCGAAAGAAACUGCCGGAGCAUGGUACCGUAUUCGGAGGUGAACCACACCGCAUCCAGAUGUCGGACGCGGAGUGGGAGGAGCUCCUGGAGGGCUUCGACGAGCGGGGCUACCUGAGUGCGAGGCGCUGGCGUCCGGGGGACGACCCCUACGCCCUCUACGCCUUCAACCAGCGGGAGAGCGAGAGGAUCCCCAGCAACAGAGCCCUGAGGGACACCCGACACUACAGAUGCACUGCCCUCCACUAUGACCCAGAUCUUCCUCCUACCUCCAUCAUCAUCACCUUUCACAACGAGGCCAGGUCAACGCUGCUGCGCACCAUACGCAGUGUGUUGAACAGGACUCCAGUCCACCUGAUUCAUGAAAUUAUUCUGGUGGACGACUUCAGCAAUGACGAGAAAGACUGUCAGCUGCUCACCAAACUGCCCAAAGUCAAGUGUCUGCGCAACGCCAAGCGAGAAGUUCUGUGUGCUGCUCCUGGCUGUGGUCCCCAGCGAUGGCAGAAGUCCGGCACCCACCUGGAGCACCUGGCCUCCCGGUUCUGCCUGGACUCCGAGAUGGCUCUGGACGGCAUGGACUCCUCCCGCAUGCUGGUCAUCAGCCCCUGCGAACUCAGCGCCUACACACAGAGAUGGGAGGUGCCCUUCUCCUGACCCCCGAGACCUCGGACCUGACCCCGCGUGACCACCCUUUCAGAAGUGACAGGACACAUUGACAUCGUCACACACGGUUCACACACUGUUUGCAUUGUAUGAGUUAUUCAGUGGCACACUCACUCUAACUCACUCUAAAAGUGAUAUCGCAAGUAUCUCGUGCAAACCUGCAUCUAAACAUUUACACACACACACACACACACAUGUACACACACACACACACACACACACACACACACACACACACACACACACACACACACACACACACACACACACACACACACACACACACACACACACACACACACACAAACACACAUGAACACACACUCCUGCCCAGGUACGACCUACUGCAGCGGAGCUGUCAGGAUAUGGACGACUCCUCUGGUUUAUGCUGCUAUCCGUGCGGAAAACUAUGGGAUGUUCUUUUUUAAUGGUGGAUCUAUUGGACUUGUGGAACCAGCUGUGUUUACACACAAAGAAUGAGUGCUGUUGGCUGCUCUUCCAGGCUUGGGGGUUACAUGUGCUUAUAUAAUAACAAUCCCAUGUUGAUGACGUCAUGAAGAAGCGGGGCAAUGAUACUUUGGAAGAAAUUGUUGUAAUGUGAUGGGGAAAAUGUUAUAUUUAUAUUGUUUUAUCCUUUCUGAGGGCUCUAAAACUGCUUAUAUUUUCAUUUUUGCACCUCCCGAUUCUACUAACUAUAAUUAAUUAGUAUACCCACCUUUUAAAAAGGGAUUAUCAAGUCGAAUUCACUUCCAAUAAGAACUUUGUUAGGAUUGUCUCAUCUGUCAAAGCCUUAUCCAUGAUAUAUAUAGAUAUAUAUUUGACAAAACAGCCUAAAGAUGGAUACUUUUUUGCUGAAACAGAAUUGUAUCCGUGAGAAUAUGUGAUCUGAAUGCAUUUGACGAGUGUGUCUUUGACUGCAUCUAAGGCAACUUGUGGCCCGGUCAAGGCACAUUUCUCUCAUCAGGAUUCUGUCUGGUGAUCCACAUAUUCUGCAUGACAUGACUGCACAAUGAGUAGCUGAUUGCGAGUAUUUAUUGAAGGGCAAAUCACGACUUUAGUUGUGUAAGAAAAUACACAGAUCAACCUCAAAAAAACCAGAGUGAGAGAGUGAGAGAGAGCGAGAGAGAGAGAGCACAACGAAGAAGGGUUAAAAAUAAUACAAGUAAAGCACGCAUGCAGCAUUCUUUACCCUACAGGCAUCUUAGAGGUCAGAGGUCGGUAUAUCGGGGCUGGACUGUUGCUACCCUAAGAGCAACAGAACAACAAUAACCGCGACUUCCUCCCAGUUACAUGGAGAAAACAGUUUCUUGUUGAGAUUCCACCCCAAAACAAACCCCAAAACAAAGUGCAUCUUGGUGCAUCUUUAUUUAUGUGUCUUCUUUUGAGGCUGGGGAGAUAAAACCUAACACACCUUAAGUUGUCCAAUACCUGGGAAACCUUUCGAAAAAAGUAUAAUUACAAGUCGAUAAAUUACAGAUCAUGUAAUGGGAUGUCUUUCCUCAAAUUUGUUCUGUAAAAACCUCAGAAGAGACGGGACGAUUGAUGCACACCACCGUCACGUGAAGAAGGGAAAAAACAUUUUACUAAUCAUAUCCUAUUUCAAAUUUUCAAAAAGGACAGCCACCACUUUGUGUGUGUGACCGGAGGCCUGUGGACGCAGCGUUCAGGAGUGUCCCCAGGUUGUGGUUAUGGUGGAGAGGCAAACGCAGAUUUUUGUGACCCAUUUUGAUAUCCUGAUGGAGCUUUCUUGAAUAAAGAUUUUGUAAUGGCUGA